AUGGAGGACUCUCGCAAUUGUGAGCCUGUAGGGACGAUCCUAAAUCAGAUGACUACCGUGCCAAAAUGUGACCUUCAACCACUCAAUAUUGAUUCAUUUUCUUGCUCUGACUGUGAUGUUAGCUCUGAGGUUUCUACGAAGGAGGGUUGUGGAUCACCUACGUCAUCAUGGGCUUCCGAUCCUGAACCUGAUAUCUCAUCUAUUAUCAACUGUCAUGUAAUUCUUGAGGAGUCCCUUCAGGAUGUUGACCUUGAAGGAAACUAUCCUGAUUUGGAAGCUGAAAACCAGCUCGUUUGGGUGGAAAACAAUGAAGAUGGUUUUUCGUGGGAGAUGGACAACAGAAGUCAUGAAGAGUUGCUCAAAAAGUUCAUUGAAAUGGAGAAAGAGUUAAGAGUUUCCAAUUUUAAGCUUCAACUUUCGGAACAAGAGAUUCUAGGGAAUAUUGCUGAAACUGGUCUGAACCUGUUGCUGGAGACGCUGAAGAAGUUUCAGGGCUCAGAGUUCUGUAAUCAGUUCUACCUGACAUAUUUCUUGACAACUGAGAAUGAGAUAUUUGUUGUCUUAACUGAUACUUUUCAUAAGCUUGGGCUCCAAUUACAUGUCUUGGUGCUUCAGCAUUUGUUUUGUCUGGUGGAAACUGUUUUUGUACGAGAGUAUACUAUAGAGCUUCUAAGUGCUUCUUUUCCUAAAGUUCAACAGCUUUUGCAAGAUUUCUUCAAUGGAAAGGAGCUUUGCAAGAGCAUUAACAUUGAGGAGGUUAUGGCUUAUGGUGCUGCUGUUCAAGCUGCUAAUUUUUUUACUCAUACAUUGUGA